AUGGACGCAAAUAGCAACCAAACCAACAAUGGAACGGCCACCAACACCGCUUCCGGCAGCAGCAAACCGCCGUCCUGGGUCUGGGUACUCGUCGCCCUCGCCUCAGCCCUAACGAUCGGAGUCCUACUCUUCGGCGCGUACCAAUUCAUCAGAAGGCGCCGGGCCCCAAGACUAGCAGGAGACGCAGAAGGCGACGCGGUCUCAAGGGGAGGAGGCGGCUCGACAAGAGGCUCCCGGCAGCUAUGGGCCCGCCGCCGGCGCCGGAGCCGCUCGCAGCCGGGGGCGUCGCGCUGGGGCUGGGUGUACCCGCACCACACCAACCGGGCCUCGACGCAGUCCUCCGAGGGCCUCAACGAGCUGGGCGAGGCGCCGCCGCCGUACAACGAGGACGACCUCGAGCCCUGCCUCAGCGUCGACAUGGCCGAGGUGCAUGCCCUCGGCCUAGGCGAGGGGCCGUCUCGGGUGGCCUCGCGGCAGGACCGCGAGUCGCUCGUGGGGGGCGCCGGCCCGGGGCAGCUGCUGGGUCACCCUGAGCCGCCGGCGUAUGACUUUGCUGUGCAUCUGGGGUCGACUACGUUGGUUCAGCAGCCGGCGCCGGCAGUGGUGUCGGAAUCGAGGGUUACUUGA